CGCCGCCAGGACUGGGUAUUUGGUACUGCUGACCCCGAGGAGAGAGAAUCCCUCUUCCAGGACAGGGCAGCACUCCUGACUCUACCUUACCCCAGAAACUCUUCAUGCUAGAAGCUCACUUACUCCACCCCUGGAAUUCACAUGCUGAGGUCUCCUGUGGUUACUCCAUCUGACUGGAUGGUUCCUUCCAGAAUCUCAUUUUAAGUUCUGCAUACUGAAAUGAACUUCUGAGUAUUCAUAAUGGAAGUCUAAAAGGCAGAGCCAAAACAGAUGUUUUUGUACCAACCUAUGUCACGUGAUGUUUACAACUACUUCUUUCAUUUGAGAAAAGUAAUGCAAAAGAGAGAAAAUUUCUCCUAGGUUUCAUUAAGUAAUCCACAUAGUGAUUACUUUCCAUCAUGCUUCGACUGAGAACUGCUUAUGAGUUCUUCUGGAGAGUCUUUGAGCGUGGACCUAAAACCAUUGACCCUUUACUUAGCCAAAUAAAUAAAUGUGUGGAUGAAGAACAGAUUUUUAAUAUAGUUAGAAACAAUACAGCCAAGCUUUCAGAAAAACAUGUGGAAUGUGCAUGUAAAGUACUUUGGCAGUUUCAAAAGGAAAAGUCUGAUUUGAUGAGAAAUAUUCCUUAUGUCCGAGACCAUCCUCAGUUUCUUACUCUUCGUAUUUUAGCUAAGGAUAAAAUUGAAUUAAUGGAUGAUGAUACCCUGGUGAAUGUAUUGUAUAUUAUGUUAAGGUUUGCUGUUGAGGCCCAUGAUUCUUUAGUUGAACACCUGGUUAUGGAAGCAUGGAGGAGGGUAGAAAGGUUUGACCUUGAAAUGCUGUCAAAAUUCUCCAGCUGUCUAGGGGAUCAACAGAUGUAUAUCAGUCCUUUAAUGGGAAAAAUAGCUGAUAUUUUAAACAGGAACUUGGAUUCAGUGCAAGAAUUAAGGACAUUGUCAGUCUUGAUGGUGAAUAUAUCUUCUGUUAUCUCACAGAAUUUUUGUGAACGGCUCGUGAACAAAACAGAGCUUCUCUUAGACACAGUGGACCAUGCCCAAUUUAAUACUUCAAUAAGAAUAGUGCGAUUCCUCCAAAAGAUUGGAUAUAAUUAUUACCCAUUAUUAGAAAAGUGCAAUUAUGUGUUCAUCAGCAAUACUACUCAUCUGAAUUUGGAUACCCUCAGUUUUAUUCUUGUACUGUACCGAUCUCUGCAAUUUAAUAAUUUUCCAUUUCAAGUAUUAGCCAGAGAGAAGCUCUCUAAAAUGAUUGCUCUUUCCCAUGAUCCUGCUUGCUUCGUAAAAUUAUUUGUUGCUUUGGGACCUUUGGCUGGACCAACGGAAGAGAAACAGCUUAUGUCAUCUCUCCAGAUGAUGAUGGAUGAACUUACUAGUCAACAAGCAUUAGCCAUAGUGGUCACAAUGGAAGAAAUGAAUAGCAAAGAUUCAUAUCUGAUUGAAAAAAUUGCUUCUGUCUUAUAUAAAUACUUGCAUGUCUAUAAACCAGUGGAACUGGCAAAGAUAACCAAAGCCUUGAUUCACCUGCAUCUUCAUAAUUCAGAGUUUUUUAGGAUUCUUAGAAAAUUCCUACUUAGCCAUUUAAGAAAUAGUGUCAUACCUAAUGAAAUUUCUAUGCUGGUCCGUGUUACUGCCAUGCUUCCUUUUCCUCACCUGGAUGAAUCAGGGCUUUCCCGAGUGGAAUCCAUUUUACCGCAAUGUAGUUUAAGUGAUCUCAAUACUUUUGCAUCAUCUCUUUCAACAUGGAUUCAACAUGACCGUUCCCAUCUGGACAAUAUUUGUCAGAAAAAUAUCAAACUACUUCCACAAUUAAAUACUUAUGGUUAUCAGAGAUUACAAAAAGCCAACAAUUUGAAUGUGUUGUGGGAAGAACUUAAAUAUGUUCAUGGAAAAUGGUUUGAGGAAGAACUUCUUGAAGAAACAGUUGUCACCUUGCAACGCUUGAGUGACCAAAUCACAUACACAAACGUUGUCAACUUAUCUGCCUUUAUUGUCAAGACUAACUACCUUAGUGCUCCGUUGCUUGACAAGAUAGCUUCUGUGACAGUCCAGCACAUCAAUAAGAUCCAUCCUUUGGCGAUCCAUUCUAUCUUACUUCCCUUCAGUGUCCUUAACUACGAUCCACCCCAAAGGGAUGAAUUCUUUGGAGUUUGUAUCCAGUGCCUUAACUCACAUUUAAAUGUCUUUGAACCUCAUAUCUUGGUGUUUCUUGGCUUUACAUUGGCCCUUGCUGAGUAUUUUCCGGAAGAUCUGAUAAAGGCAAUAUUUAACAUUGAAUUCCUAGCCAAAUUGGACUUACAAUUUCAAUACUUACCUCCUUUCUUAAAUACGAGAAUCCACAGUCGUCUCAUGGAAUUUAAUAGAGCAGUCUGUUUGGAAUGCCCUGAACUUGAAAUUCCUUGGUUUCAUGACCAUUACUGUCAGCAGCAGCAGUGCAGUAAAGUUAAUGACAGCAUCAAUGCACCACAACAACAGGUUUAUAAAAUGUUGGGAGAAAUCUUAGGAGGACCCAAUUAUGCAAAACCAUCAGCUCUUGCACCUUAUGGAUACGUAGUGGAUUUUGAAUAUAUCUUGGAUAAAAAGAAAAAGCCUCUUCCUUAUAGACAUCAGGGUGUGUUCUUGGAUGACCUGCCAAGUGUGUACUGGAGACCAGAUACCCCUGAUAGUAGGUCAGGACUGCCACCAGGAGCACAAAGGGUUGCUUUGGAAUUUUUGGAUUCACGAGCAUUUUGUAAAAACAUCCUCCACUUAAAAGGAAGAUCUGCUAUGAAAAAAAGACAUCUGGAAAUUUUGGGUUAUUGUGUGAUUCAGAUCCCUUAUUUGGUAUGGAAUUCUAUGGAAUUAUCAACAAAGGAUGCCCGGAUGGAGUAUUUGAGAGAGCAUAUGUUUGCAGAAGUCAAAUCCUAAUUAUAAUUUGUAUCUAUUAUAUAUCAUGUUUUAGAUUUAAAUUAUAAUAGAAAAUAUGAGCUUGAUUAAAAAUAAUAUUGUGAAAUAUUUAAGACUGAUUAAAAAAAGAUCAUUACUGUGUAACAAACCUGUACUUCAAAUAGAUUUUUAAAAUUGUAUACUUUUUCCCAUGAAGCACUGUUACUUCUUUUAGUAUGAAAGUCAUAUUUCUUUUUAACAAUAGAUUGCUAAUUAUACUUGAAUAUAUAUUUUUAAGAGCAUUGUAAUCAGGCAAUUUAUUGGCACCUGAGGCCUUGCUGAAGCCUGAUAUUAGCGAGAUUUAUAACCCACUAGUUUUCUAUUUGCUUCAAGUCAGGGAUCUGGAUCAUACAGGCUUUAUCUUGAAACAAUUUAAAGUGAACAAUAUGGAAGAUAUUCUCCUCAAUCUUGCCCAGAUAUAUGUAAUACUAACUCUGUGAGGUUCAAGUAGCCAAAUGUUAUUGAAUCAUAGUAAUUUAAGACAUUUUAUUGACACUAUUGUCAUAAUUGCAUAUAUUUUACACCUUUCUUUGUGACCAUUCCAGUCAGAAGUUUCAUUUUGAUUUUUAAAGCAAAUAUGUGCUUAAAAUGUAACCUUUAAAAUGGUUAAUGAUUACAUGAAGCUCAGAAUACGACAAAGUUAAGAGUCAUCAGUCCGUGUCACCACGCCAUUUUGAAUGCCAGUUAAAUAAUUUUUGCUCUGAUUUUGAUGUAACCAGGGCAAAAGGUUUUUUAAAAUUAUCUAUGUGUUUUUAUCAGAUAGUAAUAGCGAAUGCUAAUUAAAUUAAUCCGUCAUGUUUGUUCCUAAACUGACAUUACAUUGUUUUUCUUCCAUGUGACCACUGUCAAGUGCUACAUACUGAUCUAAGGUAUCAAAUCAGGUCAGUAUUUUUGUGUCCUGUAAAGAAAAAGCAUCGAUAUUCUACCUCAGUGGGGAAAUUACUGUAUUAAUUAGCCUAAAAUCAGAAGUAAAUUUGACAGUAUUUCAGAAGGGAAGCAGCCACAGUCUAAUUCUAAAAGCAGUCUCAGGGUUUCUGGUAAAAUGGCUCAUGCAGAGAAGUCCAAUCUCUUUUUGACAGCAAAAUAAGACUUUGUAAUUGAACAAGUAACUAUGGUAAAGGUGUCUAACUUUUGAGGGUGUGUGUGUGUAUGGUUGUGGUGAGGAAUGUACAUACUCUCUACCUGGAGCCUAAGCAAACAGGACACAAUUUCUUCUGGAGCUCUCACGACUUAUGUGAAGAG